AUGGCCUUUGAGGAGAUUCUGAAUCAAGUUGGAGGCCUGGGGAGAGCCCAGAUACUUCAGCUGAUUUUGUUUUUAGUCUCUCUAGUGGUAACACAAAUGCAAAUGUUCCUGGAAACCAUCACUGCUGCCACCCCGGAUCAUCGCUGCUGGGUUCACAACCUUGACAAUGACACAGUCUCAGCUAAUGACACUAUGGGACUCAACCCUGAUGCUCUCUUGCAAAUCUUCAUUCCAUUGGAUUCGAACCUGAGACCAGAGAAGUGUCGUCGUUUCCUACAGCCCCAGUGGCAGUUUUUUCACCCUAAUGAAACUUUUUCCAAUAUGAAUGAAUCACAUCUGGAGCCCUGUGUGGACGGCUGGGUAUAUGAUCGAAGUUCCUUCCACUCAACUAUUGUGACUGAGUGGGACCUGGUAUGCGAAUCUCGGUGGUUAAUAUCAGUAGCUCAAUUUCUUGUCAUGACUGGGUCUUUGGUGGGAGUAGCAACAUAUAGUUAUUUGACAGACAGGUUUGGACGGAAGUUUAUAUUCAGAUGCUGUUUGCUGCAGCUCGCCGUCUCAGCGACGAGUGUGGCCUUUGCUCCCACCUUCCUCGUUUACUGCGCCUUACGCUUCUUGUCCGGACUCUGUAUCACAAAUGUGAUGAUAAAUGCUUUCCUCCUCACCUUUGAAUGGACGUUGCCCAAAUAUCGGUCAAUGGAGAUGUCCCUGCUUUACAGUGCCGUCAGCCUCGGGAACAUGCUCUUGGGAGGACUCGCUUUCGCCAUCCAGGACUGGCGCACCCUGCAGCUGGCUGUUUCUGUACCUUGCUUUGUCCUCUUUGUGCUCUCCAGGUGGCUGAUGGAGUCUGCUCGAUGGCUGGUUGUCACUAACAAUGUGGACAAAGGCCUAAAGCUACUGAAAAGAGCUGCCCACAUAAAUGGAAAAAAGAAUAUUGAUGAGACCCUGAAUGCAACGUUUGUGAAAUCCAUCAUGCAGCAAGAGUUGGAUGGAGCCCAGAACAAAACACCAGUUUUUGAAAUAUUUCGGUCACCCAAACUGCGUGCAAGGGUCUGCUACUUGGCCUUUGUGAGAUUUGCAAACCAAAUAUGCUUCUUUGGCCUGGCUCUCCACUUGCAGCACUGGGGGAGCACUGUCUACCUGUUCCAGAUUCUCUUCGGAGUGGUCACCUUUCUCGGUAGAUACGUCGGCUUUGCGGCACUGAAUUACAUGGGUCGUCGAACAAGCCAGUUGUUGUUCAUGUUCAUACAGGGACUUUCCAUUCUGGCUGCCACUUUUCUGCCCCAUGAAAUGCAGACUCUCCGAGUGUCUCUGGCAAUGCUGGGAGCCGGUGUCUCUGCGAGUGUGAGCAUAUGCUCUUCCCUCCACCACAGCGAGCUCAUCCCCACUGCGAUCAGGUACGGGGACCGUCCACGUCCAAAACAAGACUUUCCCAAGUGA